AUGGCAAAAACGAUGAGUGACUACGUCCGCGAACGGAUAGAAUACCAUCAAGAAGUAAUCACCGGCCGUCAUCCAGACUGUGCCCGUCUGUUCCGACUUGCUGGAAAUGGAGAUCAAACCGAACCUUAUGUUCGUUUGUCGCGUGGAUUACUCCGGAUUAGACCGAGUGACCUCAUGGAAGGUAACAUUUUCGUUGUUAGUUGUAACGGGCCGGCAAUCUUCAACUUUUAUAAGAAAUUUGACUUUACUGGGAUUUUUUCGAAGAAUUCUCCUAAAAUGUAUCAUAGCCGAACCAGCAGAUCUAUUUUCAGCUGAAACCAAGUGUACUUUGUGCCAUCGCUCUUUCCCCAAUGAGAACUUCCUGGAGCACAUCAAAAACUGUGCGGCGACUGAUGAAAAGAGCAAAAAGCAGGUCGGUGCCGCUUUGCUUAUCAGAAAUUUCAAGUUCAUAGUGUAUACAGAAGGAAAUGGAAAUACACAAGUUCUCCGGAAGCAUUUAUAGUUUGCUGGCACCUUUGAAAAAGGCUGCGUUUGAGCUGGAGAAAGAGUACAUGGAGGCUCUUCUCACUAGAAAAAUGAACAAUUUGAGCUGCUUCGGAUGUGAUUCCCUUGAGGAGCAUGCACGAGGAAAGUGUCUGGAAGACCGAAACAAAACUAUCUUUUUGGUACCAUUCCAGUUUCUUCAAGGUUUUCAAUGCUCGUUGAACUUUCAGACAAAUGUUGAUCAAAUAGCAUCCACAGCUCUCGCCCACAUGGAACAUUAUCUGAACUUGAGGGGAAGAUGCUUGGUGGAUGAAAUGGAUUCUAAAGAUGAAACGGAUUUCCAACAGUUGUCUAAAGUUGUGAAAACAAUCGAAGAAGAGAAAGAUGUUAGUUUGUGGUCUUGAUUGUUUGAUUCGUGAUGCAAUUCUUUCAGAAUAGACCUUCUAAAUACUUGUUCUGGACGCAAUUCUGUCACAACACCACAACAACAAACAACGGUAAAAGGCAAAAGUUGGAAGUACAGAUUACCCUUGAGAAUGCACGAGCCUAUGAAGAGCACAAGAAGAAGAUGGAAAAAGCAGUGGAUUCCCUGAGUGAAGACCUCGAAGUAAUCUGCGCAGUUUUGUCCAGAGAGGCUCAAAUCAUCAACAACAUGGACCCCGCAUUUCGAUUCGAUCGAGCUCCGACUCGGGAAGAAGUGCAGAAGUUUGAGGAAAAGUACCCUUGGAUGAAUGACUCUCGCAGGAUACGCCGAGUAUAA